UUUCUGUUUGCGUUUCUUUGACUUCUCUGUUGUCAUCUACUCCCCAAUAUUCUGUCAUUUAGGGUUCGUUUCUUCCCAUAAAACAAACCUGAAAGAAAAAAGUAAUCGAGAAAUCAAGAAGAAAAAAAAUGGAUUUUAAAAGAGGAGAUAGAGUAGAGAUAUCUUCAAAAGAAGAGGGUUUUGUUGGAUCAUACUAUUCAGCAACAAUCUUAGCGAAACUAGCACCAACAAAUGAGCUGUGGGUCGAGUAUGAAACGCUAUGUCAAGAAGAAGAUGAGAAAAAGCUGUUGAGAGAAAUUGUUGAUGUGAAGAAUGUGAGACCAUUUCCGCCUGAGGUUAAGUUAUCUGAGUAUUCACUUCUUGAUAAAGUUGAUGCUUAUGAUAAUGAUGGGUGGUGGGUUGGGAGAGUCAGUGCUGUUCUUGAUGAUUCAAUGUAUUAUGUUUAUUUUGAAAGUUCUAGAGAUGAAAUUGCUUACCCUGCCGAUAAAUUAAGGAUUCAUCAGGAGUUUGAAAAGGGGAAAUGGUCUGUUACUAAUCACAAAUGGUCUUGAACCCGGUUGCUGAUGGUUGUGCUUGUGGUUAAUGGGGAUUAAGAAGAGAUGAAGGAAGAUAUCUUUGUGAAAACUCUAACCGGGAAGACAAUCACCCUUGAGGUUGAGAGCUCUGACACGAUAGAUAAUGUCAAGGCUAAGAUUCAAGAUAAGGAAGGCAUCCCACCAGACCAGCAGAGGCUGAUUUUUGCCGGUAAGCAGUUGGAGGACGGUCGCACCCUUGCCGAUUAUAACAUUCAGAAAGAGUCUACUCUUCAUCUUGUCCUUCGUCUUCGAGGUGGUAUGCAGAUCUUUGUUAAGACUCUAACUGGCAAGACCAUCACUUUGGAGGUUGAAAGCUCCGACACGAUCGACAAUGUCAAGGCUAAGAUCCAGGACAAGGAGGGUAUACCCCCAGAUCAGCAACGUUUAAUCUUUGCUGGUAAGCAGUUAGAAGAUGGUCGUACCCUUGCCGAUUACAACAUUCAGAAGGAAUCCACCCUCCACCUGGUUCUACGUCUUAGGGGUGGUAUGCAGAUCUUUGUGAAGACCCUGACUGGGAAAACCAUCACUUUGGAGGUGGACAACUCUGAUACUAUUGACAAUGUCAAGGCUAAGAUCCGGGACAAGGAGGGUAUACCUCCAGAUCAGCAAAGGUUGAUUUUUGCAGGAAAGCAGCUCGAGGAUGGUCGUACUCUGGCUGAUUAUAAUAUUCAGAAGGAGUCUACUCUUCACCUUGUUCUUCGUCUCCGUGGUGGUAACUAGAAAUCCUCUUGUUAACUUGGUGAUGGUUUAGUUGUUUGCACAUUUAAUGCUUGAAUAAAUAGAGUUCAGUUUUAGUUUUAUGUAAGCUUUUUUGAACGUUGGCCUGUUCUUGGCUUGCAUGAAUUGAAGUAGGGUAUGUUCAGUGCUUGGUGAGUUUUUAUAGUUCCUCUUUUUUGGAAGUAAUUUUUAAAGUGUUUAAUUAGACACCCAAAUUCCUGUGGUAAAAAUCUACAUGACAGUACUUCGAAUUAUGUAUGUGAUGUUACUUUCUAGUAGCAAGCACCUUUGACUCAGGUCAUAAUCA